UUCUGUUGGAGAGGGUCCGUCCUCUCUCUCACUCUGUCGUGGUUAGAAUGGAUAGUUCAGAGUGACAUUCAUUCAUGUCGUUAUAGAAUGUGUUUCGGGUGUUGUCGGUCUUCCCGUUCAAUGAUACAGAAUUCCUAGCUGCAGACUAGUAAUUAAUAUCAAAGACCUGUUCUUUUUCUGUCGGUAUCGAUAGUCUAAGAGUUUAACCACAUGGGAUGGUUAAAAGAUUCAGCAGUCUGGUCUCAACCUUGGCCCUCUCCUUAUCGAGAUCUUUUCAUUUCUUCGUGUUGUGGUGCCAUGCUCAGGGGGAGAAUCACCCGUCUCCUAAUUUUAACCAGUAUGUGAUGGAGCAGGGCGCAAUGACGGACCAGCUUAGUCGGCGACAGGUCAGGGUUUAUCAACUAUACAGCCGGACCAGCGGGAAGCACGUCCAGAUACAGGGCAAGAGGGUCGCCGCUACUGCUGAGGACGGCAACAAUUACGCACGUCUCUUUGUAGAGACUGACACCUUUGGCAGUCGGGUUCGGAUCAAAGGUGCAGAGAGUGGACGCUACCUCUGUAUGAACCGGAAGGGGAAACUGGUUGGAAAGCCUGAUGGCAGAAGCAGGGAUUGUAUCUUCACAGAGAUUGUUCUGGAGAACAAUUACACUGCCUUCCAGAAUGCCAAGUAUGAGGGUUGGUAUGUGGCUUUCACCAGGAAAGGGAGGCCCAUCAAAGCCUCCAAGACGAGGGAGAACCAGAGAGAGGUCCAUUUCAUCAAGAGGCUACACAAGGGCCCACUACCUUUCCCCAACAUGGACAGAAUCAAACAAUUUGAGUUUAUCAGUUUUCCACCCCCCCGUCGAGCGAAACGGAACAGGAAAUCACAGACUGCUGCCUAGUACAGAACAAAUCGGACUAUUAUUGAGGAAAAAUUUAAAUUUUAUUUUUGUAUGUUUUUAAUAUGUGGAAAUACUUAAAAUGCGAAAAAGUCUAAAGUAAUUUUGUUGUAAAAUGAUCCCAUGUAAAUCAUGUAAGAGAGUAAAUGAGAUUUAUGUAUAUAUUUAAUAUGACAGUGUGUAUGUAUGUGUUUUCUUUUGCUUUUUGAUUGGUCCCGUGACAGAGUGGGUAUUGGAUAGGUACAUUAAUAAACAUGUUCAGCUUGGUUAUCACAAAACUUAAGCGUGACAAAUGCAACAUUUGACCUUUAGAUCAUCUCUCUCAUUUGAUAUGAGAGACUAGUGCUGAAUUUGAUUUCUAAGUUAAGAAAAGCUCUUCAGAAAUGUACAGGAAGUAGUAAUGUUCUUGUUUCACAGAUCAGUGUGUACAAUCAGUGCAUAAAGAAAAUGUAUCCAGUAUAAAAAUCUGUAGCCAAGUGGCAUACCAUUCUAACGAACUGCUAUGCCAAAACAUGAUUUAUUGCUCAGGUAUGAUUCUUUAAAUCAGGGGUGUCAAACUCAUUCCAUGGAGGGCCGAGUGUCUGUGGGUUUUUGUUUUUUCCUUUUAAUUAAGACCUAGAAAACCAGGUGAGGAGAGUUCCUUACUAAUUAGUGACCUUAAUUCAUCAAUCAAGUACAAGGGUGAAGCGAAAAUCUGCAGACACUCUGCCCUCUGUGGAAUGAGUUUGACACGUGCUUUAAAUAAUCCACCUACCAAUAUGUAGCCUAGCUACUGUACUUAUAGUCAGAAAUAUGAAAUAAUUCGCUUACUAUCAAAGUGAGACAUGUACUGAUUAUACUUAGUCAAUUCCAUGCUAUUAAUUCUGUUGCUUAGCCCUACUGUUUUGUACAAUUACGUAAAUGCUUCAUUCAACAACACCAAUCAAACCAAUUCCUAACGCCAUUAAUUUUCUGUGUAGGAUGAACUUGUCAUGAUUCCAAAUGAUCAAUCACAUGGAUUUAUGGCACUGUUAUGACAGAUCAAAAAUGAUAUAGCCAC